AUGAUAUGCAUCGCGCCUUUGAUGCCCAGUUGCUCGGAAACGUUUCCACACGCCAUCACAGUGGGCCGCCACGUGUGUGAUUGUGAAGUGUCUGACGAAUCUUGGCAUACUUAUUGGGUGCUGGGAUAUCCGAUGUGCGCACAUGUCUGGAUUAGAAUAAUCAGGGAGCAGGUGGCUCAGUGA